CUCCGAGACCUGGAGAUGGCGGCGUCACCAGGCCGCGGAACCACCCCUUCCCCUCGGUGCCGGCGUUGCGAUUGGUCGCCCGAAAACGUGCCGGAAAGGCUCCUCGUCAUUUCCGGGCGAGCCGCCAUCUUGUCGGCAGUUGGCGGCGCUUGUUCGGCUGGGUUCAAGCUGGGAGGCUUCCGCCCGCCUUGCUCCGGUGGGCCCGCUGUUUUCGGCGCAAACAGACCGUUCGUGGCCGGCGGCGCCAUGGCCAACAACUGUCCGGUGGUGGGCGCCGGCAACUGCCACCCGCCGCCGCACCAGCCGCCGCCGCACCAGGCGGCCCAGGUGCCGAACCCGCAGGCCGGAGCCGUCGUGCUGUCGCCCCCUCUGCCCCUCCAGAGCGCGGGCCCCAAGCCGGCCGCCUCGGGCAAGCAAGGCAACGUCCUCCCUCUGUGGGGGAACGAGAAGACCAUGAACCUCAACCCCAUGAUCCUCACCAACAUCCUCUCCUCGCCUUACUUCAAAGUGCAGCUCUACGAGCUCAAGACGUACCACGAGGUGGUCGACGAGAUUUACUUCAAGGUCACACAUAUUGAGCCUUGGGAGAAAGGGAGCAGAAAAACAGCAGGCCAGACAGGGAUGUGCGGAGGGGUGCGUGGUGUUGGAACUGGAGGUAUAGUGUCUACAGCCUUUUGCCUCCUGUACAAGCUGUUUACCUUGAAGCUUACCCGUAAGCAAGUGAUGGGACUAAUAACUCAUACAGACUCCCCAUAUAUUAGGGCUCUUGGAUUCAUGUAUAUUAGGUACACACAGCCUCCAACAGAUUUAUGGGACUGGUUUGAAUCCUUUCUUGAUGAUGAGGAGGACUUGGAUGUGAAAGCAGGUGGUGGCUGCGUCAUGACGAUUGGAGAGAUGCUGCGCUCCUUCCUUACUAAGCUGGAAUGGUUCUCUACAUUAUUUCCAAGGAUUCCUGUACCAGUGCAGAAGAACAUUGAUCAACAAAUUAAAGCCAGACCUAGAAAGAUCAAGAAAGAUGGCAAAGAAGGAGUCGAAGAAGUAGACAGACACGCAGAGCGUAGACGUUCAAGGUCCCCAAGGAGAUCCUUGAGUCCCAGGAGGUCACCUAGAAGAUCAAGAAGCAGAAGUCGUCAUCGGGAAGGCCGUGGAUCAUCCAGUUUUGAUAGAGAAUUGGAAAGGGAAAGGGAACGGCAAAGACUAGAAAGAGAAGCCAAGGAGAGAGAGAGGGAGAGACGCCGAUCCCGAAGUUCUGAUCGGGCAUUGGAACGUAGGAGAAGCAGAAGCCGAGAGAGGCACAGAAGUCGAAGUCGUGACCGAAAAGGUGACAGAAGAGAGAGAGAGCGGGAGAAGGAAAAUGAACGAAGUAGGAGGAAGGAGCGUGACCAUGAUAAAGACAGAGGAGUUGAGAGAGACAGAGAGCGAUCAAAAGAUCGUUCUAGAGAAAAAUCAAAAGACCGAAAAAGUAAGAGUGAAAUAGAUGAGAGGAGGCACAAAGAUGACAAAGAUGAAAGGAAGCAUAUCAUCAAUAAAAGAGAUUCCAAGAAGGAAAAGAAGCAUAGCAGGAGCCGAAGUAGGGAUCGGAAGCAUAGGAGUAGAAGCGUGAGCAGGAAUGCAGGAAAGCACAGUAGAAGCAGGAGUAAAGAGAAGUCAAGUAAACGCAAAAGUGAAAGUAAAGAAAAAUCAAACAAGCGAAGUAGAAGCAGAAGCAGAGGAAGAACUGAUAGCAGCGAAAAGUCCCGGAAACGAGAUCAUAGUCCCAGUAAAGAGAAAUCUCGAAAACGUAGUAAAAGCAAAGAACGUUCCCAUAAACAUGACCACAGUGAUAAGGACCACUCAGACAAACACGAUCAUCAAAGGAGCCAAAGUACAGAACGCGAGAAUCAGGAAAAACAAUCUAAAAACAAAGACGAGACUGUAUGAAUGUUCAGAAAUGGAUCACAUUGAAUCCCAUAAAUGUUUUAAAUCCUUGCUUAUUUUUUUCUUGAAGUUGAGAUUGUGCAGUAGUUGAUGAGCACUCAACCUCCCUCUAGGCUGCAGAUUGUCAUUUCCUAUUUUAAGUAGGGAAGUGCCUUUCUAAUCCCAUUAAAUGCGUUGAUUAUUCCAGCCCAUUUGUUUAGUUAAAUUCAUGAUGCAAAUCUGUGUGUGCGUUUUUUAAAAAUUGUUCAACUUUAUGUACAAUCUGUACAUACGUCCUGGAACUGUUCUAAUCCCUUCAGCAUGGUUUGCCAUGUUGGUUAAAUUUGUAUAUGGCAAUAAAACUGCCACUAAUUCUACUUUGUUUUAUAGAUGUGGAAUUAUGGUUUCUAUCUUUGAAUUAGCAUGGCUGUGCUUUGCUUAACAGUAUGGCAGAAGCUUUUUAAGGAUGGGUCUUGAACGUGUAUUAUAUCUAAAGUAUUUGUGUGCAUUCAACAUCCAUGAAGGUUACAAUUCUAGAAUUUUUGUGUCCAUUUGUACAUCUUGUCUUGGGAAAACAUUUAAAAUUUAUUUGUGAAACUCAAGAAAGUGUUACAUUUAGAGUAGGUCUUUCAAAAGAGGUAGCAAUUUAAGGGGUUAAGGUUUUGCCGAGGUUUGUGUCGGUGCUGGAGUCAGUUUUACCUUGUAGGGCCACUGCUAAGACUGGUAAGCCUAUAUGUCAUAUCCACAUAGAUUUGCUGAUUAGCGUGUGUUACUCAUGUAAAACAUUUUCAAUACAAUAUCCCUAAGUAUUUCAUUUAAAAUAUACCACAGUCCUUUCACUGAAGAAGCAACACUAGGCUAAGUGAUAAAUGAUGCUAAAUAGGGAAAGGCAGGAAGACAAAUGUAGGUCAAUCAGCAAGCUUCAGUUUCAGCUUCCAAACAUUUUUAUAAGUAAAAGACACACUGAAAGCAUCUUCAUACAGUUCUUUUUUAAAGCCCUUUCUUUUUACAAAGGUGUGUAAUCAUUGCCUGAGCUGAAGAAUUUCCCUCUAGCCACAAGAAAAGUAGCUUCAUUUUUUAAACACUGGUUACUUGUGAGAUAAUGUCAACAUGCAGUAUUGAAAACAAAAUCAUAUCACAGAAGUUCAUAUCUGUUUCAUAGAUUUGUUCUAGUGACCUGUAUAAGAAAUAUAAAAUCUCUGGAAUAAAGACUGGAUUAAUUUA